CGCUGGCAUAAAAAAUAUAGAAUCAUCUUCUCUUAAUUUGAUUUUCAUACGCAGGUGUCGCUACCGGUAGUUAAGUUUUGCGUUAAUAAUGUUUAGCGAGAAUAAGCGUGUAAAGUGAUUGAAGCGUUGUGGAAGCAAACUGAUUUAAUAUACACCAAAAAAACUAAUAAUGACUUCGAUUAUCAAACUGCAUGCUAUUUCUGGGGCCAUGGAUGAAUCACCACCGUGCUAUAUUUUGCAAGUGGAUGAAGUACGAUUUUUGUUGGAUUGCGGGUGGGAUGAAAAGUUUGAUCCCAAUUUUAUAAAGGAGGUUAAAAAAUACGUUCAUACAAUUGACGCUGUUCUGUUAUCUUAUCCAGACGGUCUUCAUCUAGGAGCGCUACCAUACUUAGUCGGCAAACUAGGAUUAAACUGUCCUAUAUAUGCCACCAUUCCUGUCUACAAAAUGGGUCAAAUGUUUAUGUAUGACCUGUUCAUGUCCCAUUAUAACAUGUACGACUUUGAUCUGUUCACAUUAGACGAUGUAGAUGCGGCAUUCGAUAGAAUUAUACAGCUCAAGUACAAUCAGAGUGUCUCGCUGAAGGGAAAAGGGUAUGGAAUAACAAUCACACCACUUCCGGCUGGACAUUUAAUCGGGGGCACAAUAUGGAAAAUCGUCAAGGUCGGCGAAGAGGAUAUUGUUUAUGCAACGGACUUCAAUCACAAAAAGGAACGACACCUGAAUGGAUGUGAGCUGGAAAAGCUGCAGCGUCCCUCACUGUUAAUCAUUGAUGCAUUUAACGCACGUUACCAGCAGGCGAGACGCAGGGCGAGAGACGAAAAAUUUAUGACUAACAUUUUGCAGACACUGCGAAACAACGGGAAUGUUUUAGUAACUGUUGACACCGCCGGACGUGUUCUCGAGUUGGCACAUAUGUUAGACCAGCUAUGGAAGAAUAAAGAAUCAGGAUUGAUGGCGUAUUCGCUAGCUUUACUAAACAAUGUCAGUUACAACGUGGUUGAGUUCGCCAAAAGUCAAAUUGAAUGGAUGAGUGAUAAGCUAAUGAAAAGUUUUGAAGGCGCAAGAAAUAAUCCAUUUCAAUUUAAGCAUUUGCGACUUUGUCACACAAUGGCAGAUCUCGCAAAAGUUCCAAGUCCUAAAGUCGUUUUGGCGAGCUCAGCUGACAUGGAAAGUGGAUUUUCGCGUGAACUCUUUGUCCAGUGGGCGAAUAAUGUGAACAAUAGUAUUAUUAUAACGUGCAGGUCCUCACCGGGAACAUUAGCAAGAGAUUUAAUUGACAACGGUGGAAACGGAAGAAAAAUCGAGAUAGAUGUGAGACGUCGAAUUGACUUAGAAGGAGCAGAAUUAGAGGAGUACAUGCGAACCGAAGGUGAAAAGCAUAAUCGAUCAAUUAUCAAAAGCGACCUGAACCUGGAUAGUAGCUCUGAUUCGGAAGACGAAUUGGAAAUGAGUGUAAUUACUGGAAAACAUGACAUUGUCGUGAGACCGGAAGGACGUUCGCACACCGGGUUCUUUAAAUCUAGCAAGAAACAGUAUGCUAUGUUCCCGUUUCAUGAAGAGAAAAUCAAAUUCGAUGAGUAUGGUGAAAUUAUUCAACCUGAUGAUUAUCGUGUGGUCGAUACGGGCCCAGACGGGGUUGGGGAGGAUAAUAAAGAAAACUAUCAAAUCAAACCAGAAGAUAUUAAAAAAGAAAAAGACAGCGAGCUCACCGUGCUCGAUAAGCCAACAAAAUGUAUCAGUAAUCGUAAAUUGGUGGAGGUUAACGCUCAGGUUCAAUUUAUUGAUUUCGAAGGACGAUCAGAUGGUGAAUCUAUGUUGAAAAUUCUAUCUCAAUUGCGUCCCCGCCGGGUAAUCGUUGUGCGCGGUUCGUCAUCCAACACCAGUCACAUUGCCGAACACUGCCAACUAAACAUCGGAGCACGAGUAUUUACUCCCAGUAGGAACGAAGUAAUCGAUGCCACAACCGAAACGCAUAUCUAUCAAGUGCGCCUGACUGAAGCUUUGGUUUCUCAGUUGGAAUUCCAGAAGGGUAAGGACGCCGAAGUGUCAUGGAUCGACGCGCAGAUUGUAAUCCGUAAUAAACAGUUCAGCACGGAGGCAGAAGUAGACGAAGAAUCUCUCGGUCCCCUGAGCGGCAUUACGAACAAUGCUACUACCAACAAUGUCAUUGCAGCUGCCACAGCAGCAGCUACCGAUGCUCCAAUGGAUGUCGAUCAAGUGGACGGGUUGGAAGAUAAAAGUGACAAGCAGAUCCUCACACUAGAACCUUUGAAAAAUGAUGAAUUACCGGCUCAUAAUUCCGUUUUUAUCAAUGAGCUAAAAUUAAUCGAUUUCAGACAAGUUCUUAUGAAGGCUAACAUCAACUCAGAGGUCUCCGGUGGCGUGUUGUGGUGCAGCAAUGGAACUCUGGCAUUGAAACGUGUUGACACGGGAAAAGUUACGAUCGAAGGGUGUCUUUCGGAAGAUUAUUACAAAAUCCGUGAGUUACUCUAUGAGCAGUAUGCGAUAGUGUAAUAUCAGCUGUAGAAAAUAAAUGCAAUGCUUAGCAUUA